AUGUCUGAACCAUCAUCUCCUGCGGCAGCCACCCAGAGGCUCAACGACCUUACACAGCAGCGUGAUGUGUACCGGAGCGCCCUGCACACUAUCUCGAGCUCCCUGAUGGAGCAUUUCAAUGGCCAUGAGACUGCGAAGAGCACUGCCCAACUCUCAGAAUGGGUUACCCUACGUACCCUUCUCGAAAACCGGAUCCGAGACCUAAGCCGCCAGAUUCUGGCUCUCACACCAAUUGAGGUGGGUGAAAUAUGA